AUGAUGGCCAUCGAUCGUUGGGUGCCUACGGUGAGAAGCGAUUUCCCGACCACAAUUCCUUUUUGGGUUAAGAUCAUGGAUCUACCUGCCCAAUAUCGAGAAGAUGAACAAGUGGAGAGCAUUGGCAAGGACCUAGGUGAGCUCCUGAACUGGAAGAUUAUCGUUCCUUUUCCUAUGGUUCGUGUUGAGGAAACGGACGUUGCAAGAGAGGUGUAUGCACAAAAUGAGAAAUGGGAUAAGGUGGAAAAGGCCGCGGCGGUGACCCAAAAGCCAGCGGCGGCGACUGAGCAAAAAUCAGAGGUGAGGGUUCGGGUGAUGGAGGAAAACAAGCGACAAUUGCUUGAGCCGGUGGUAGGUGGGCCGGCACAUGUAAACAAGGGGGAUGGGCCAUCCAAAAUUCAUAAGGGAGAUGGGCCUUUGUGUCAAGCCCACAAAGAAUCUCCCAUGGACCAGACUAUUUAUUUAGAGGCCCAUGAUGUCAUUUCUCCACUUAAAGAAAUUCUGGUGGGAGCCCAGAAAGAGCAACAGGGGGUGCCACGGGGUGGGCCUCGGAAUUUGUCAAAAGGGCCUAGAAGAAUUGAACAAAGAAUCAGUAAGGCCCUUGAAGUCAAGAAGAAAAUUGCACAAAGCCCGUUACGGGGUAGUCAUAUCCAUAAACAUGCGUCCUUAGCAAAAGACGACCCCGGUACGAGAGACUCAGCUUUGCAUAGUGUGUUACUUCCGUCCUCCUUGAAGACAGGCCCCAACAAGAGGCGACUUCGAAAAAAUUCAAAGACUCGGUGGUUAAAGGCAAACCACCAUCAGACGCUUAAAUGA